AUGUCAGAAACAGAUAGUAAUGUUGAAGAUUUGUAUUUAGAAUCUUAUGCUUUCACCACAGCUGCUGCCAUUGUAGGAUCAGUAGAUAGAAAGAUCUUUGUAUUAUUAAGAGACGGAAGAAACUUGUUUGGAGUUUUAAGAACUUUUGAUCAAUUUGCUAAUUUAGUAUUACAAGAUACCAUUGAAAGAAUAUAUCUCGGAAGUGAAGGUAGUGAUGACUUGAGUAAACCAGAAAGAUUUGGUGAAGCCUAUAGAGGAGUGUUUAUGGUUAGAGGAGAAAACGUUGUAAUGAUGGGAGAAGUUGAUAUUGAUCACGAAGAUGAACACUUGGAAGUUUUAUCCCAAAUACCUUUUGAAGUAGCAGAAAAGGAAUUAAAAUCAAUCCACAAACAAAAGAUGAAAUUUGAAAAAGCUAAAACCAAAAAAUUAUUAUCCAAGGGUCUUAUUAAUGAUUUUGCUAAAUCUGAUUUAUAUUAG